UGUUGGUGUUCAAGCUUAGUAGAGUUUUGAAUCUACUCAUCCCUUUUUCAAUGAUUUCCAGCAUCAAUUUGGAUUUUUCUGCAUCAUUCUAUCAGAAGACUGAAGCAAGGCAAUCUCACUCUCCUUCUGCCAUUGUCAUUGGUGGUGGAUUUGCAGGGAUUGCAGCUGCUCAUGCACUGAAAAAUGCAGCUUUUCAGGUUGUGCUUUUAGAAUCUCGGGAUAGAAUUGGUGGUCGAGUUCACACUAACUACUCAUUUGGUUUUCCUGUUGACAUGGGAGCAGCCUGGUUGCAUGGUGUCUGCAACGAGAAUCCAUUGGCAUCUUGGAUUGGAAGACUUGGUCUACCAAUUUAUCGAACUUCUGGUGACAAUUCUGUCUUGUAUGAUCAUGACUUGGAGAGCUACGCACUCUUUGAUGGUGAUGGACAUCAAGUGCCUCAAGAUCUAGUGGAAAAAGUUGGUAAGGUGUUUGAAACCAUUCUGGAAGAGGCUAACAAACUCAGGUAUGAAACAAAUGAAGACAUGUCUAUAGAACAGGCUAUUAAGCUAGUCAUGGAGAGGCAUUCAAUAUGAUGCAUUAUUAAUGAAUUAAGUCUACUUUAUGAGAUUUCAGAUUUUUUUAUUAUUCAUAGGCAUUUAGUUUAGAUCAAGUGACAUUUCUUUAUCUUCUUCUUACAGGUGGAGUUUGAAGGAUUAGGAGAAUUAAGAAGCAAGGAU